AUGGCGCGGACGAAGCAGACGGCGCGGAAGAGCACGGGGGGCAAGGCCCCGCGGAAGCAGCAGAGCGCCAUGCCAACGCCCGAGGAACCCUCGCGCAUGAAGGACUUGACGGACGAGGAGCGCGAGUCGCGGGAUGCGAGCGUCGAGGAAGCGCUCCUCCUCGCGGAAUCGAAGGAGGCGGUGCUAGAGGCCAUGUCGGCCACCUCGACGGACCGGCGCUACUUUGAGACGAUCCUCCGGCUCCAUCGCAUGGCGACAGCGGCCCUCGAUGAGAAGGAGGUCGACGCGGUGCUCGCGGCCGCCAAGUUCCUCGACGACAAGGCGUGUCCUCACCGCGCGACGCGGCUUCGGCAUCGUCUGCACCUGCUCCUCCUCGAGCACGACGACGACCGCGCGUAUGCGUACAUUACGGAGAAGCUCUACCUCAACUUCCAUGCGACGGCGCCGGACGCGGUCGCGAUCGCGACCAAGGACAACGAUGACGGCCCGUCGAGCUCCAUCUUAUUUGACGUGCAAGAGGUCAUCAUGGCCAAGCUCCGCGGCCUCAAGAAGCACAUGACACAGACGCACACGGCUGACCUCGAGCUGGACGGCAACGGCGUCUUCACGCUGAGCAACAUGAGCGCGCUCACGCGCGAGAUCAUCUUCCGCGGACUCGUCCGGGGCGACGAUGGCGUUAGCUUUUCCGACCAAGAGAAGCAGUGCGUCAUCCGCACGAUGCUGACGCACCACCAGCUCGCCUGGACGGACUUUCCCGAGUACAUCACCGCGGUCGGCGCCAAGCUCCAAGCGGCGGCGUUUUCCGAUGAGGCCAUCGCGACGGAUCUCGCGUCGUUCUCCACGACCCAGUUGGACGCACUCUAUGAAGCCCAUCGCAACUCACUCGCUCAGAGCACGUCGUUUGCGCUGCGGUACUUGGCCGCGCUCCGCAGCUCGUUCACGGCCAAGACGGACAUUGUGCCGUACGUGCAAGCCGCGCUGGCGUCGCUUCAGCGCCUUGGCAUCUCGCACGCGCCGACCGACGAAGGUAGCCUCUUCCUCGACUACCUUUCGAUCCCGCGCGUCGCUUCGUACGUCAAUGAGAGCUUUCUCAAGGCCGCCGAGGUCCAGGACGUCGUCAUCUUUGACGCGUACACGACGCAGGUCUAUUGCGGCGGCGCGGGCCAAGGGCGGAUCCAGCUGCUCGACAUGUGCGCGGCCCUGGGCUUUGAUGCUAUCACGGCCGACAACGACGAGCGUCUCAUCAAAGCGUUUCUGACGCACUUGCUGCCGGCUGGCGCAGAAGCGAGCGACUUUGAGCCGUACCUCGAGCCUGUGUUUCUCCAAACGCAGCUCGCUGUUGCGAUGUUGAGCUCGGGCAAAGGGUCGCGGGCCGAGUACGAAGCGUACUUGGUUGACUCGGGCGUCGAGCACGACGUCUUUGAGUCGUCCGAGGUGCGUUUUGCAGCGUCCAACCCGGACACGUUUGCCCCGGACGCGCCUGUCUCGCUGCUGCUGCACGUCAAGAACACGGCGUCCAUCACGGUGCAGCUCUUCCAGCUCAACGUGGCCGACGGUCUACGCCGGACGUUCGAGGCCAUCAAGAGCAACAUCUCGCUCGACGGGCUCUUGCCCAACGAAGAGUUCACCGUCCCGUUCGAGCACGUUCCGAGCCACGUGCGCACGGCGCACCGCAUCGCGUUCCCGUCGCUCGACGCGACUCGCCGCGGGGUCUUUGUCGUCGAAGUCGUUGGCGCCGACGCUGCGUGCCGAGCGGUGAUCCGGAAAGGCCAUUUGCACUUUGUGGAGCAGUGCACGGUCUCGGGUCAUCAGUUUCGCGCGUUUGACGAAGCCCAUGCGCCACUGCGGGACUUUGUCGUGGCGCUGCCCGACCCAGUCAACCGAGCGAUCGUCAAGACGUUCAAGGCGAUCGACGGCGUGGCCACGGUGCCCUACUACGCCGCGCUCGACGAGACGACCUCAAUUCCGACCAAGUACCCCGUGUUUGUGGGCGUCGAGGACUUUGGUGUGCUGGGCGACUUUGCAUAUCGCGAGGAAGCGUACGUCCUCGAGGCCAAGAUUGCGAUUGAUGCCGAGCAGCUCGUGCCCGGCUUCCGUGCGACCGUGCUUCUUCGUGGUGCCUUGUAUGUCAACGGCGCGCUCGCGCCCACGAGUUUGCUCCAAAACACCGUUUUGACGAUGGAGACGACGAGCCGGACAGGCACGGUAAACCGCAAGGAGCUCCGGAACCUCGCUCGCUUAAGCGACACGCGCGACCUCUCGCGCGUGAUUGAGAUUCCGAGUGACGCGAUCUCGCUUCAAGUCAAGUUUUCGGGUGACGUGGCCUCGGCGUCUGGAUCGACGUCGGCGCGGGCGGCGACACUGCGUCAUGUCGAGCAUGUGCAGCAGUUUAGCCUCCACGCCAGUACAGGCCACGACAACCAGCUCUUUGGUGUGCACCUCAAGACGAUCGAGAAGGCGUUUCUGCUGCUCGUACUUGGCCACAACGGCGAGCCGGUCGCGAAAGCAGCGUUGGCGGUCCGCUUCCAGCACUUGGCGCUCGCCGAGUAUGUCGAGCGCGCAGCCGUGUCGAACGAGCACGGCGAAGUGCAUCUCGGAUCCCUCGACGACAUCAAGUCGAUCCAAGUGACGACAGCGACGGGCGGGUACUGGACGUGGACCCUACCAGGCAUGUCUGACCACUCGAUCUGGAGCCGGUUUGUCUCGGCGCCGAACGCCCCGACGCUACACGCCGCCGUAAACGAUGUUGUCGUACUGCCAGUGCCAAGUAGCAUCCAAACGACCUUGCGCUCAUGGCUCGAGCGUGGCUGGAUUGCGCUCACGCAGACGCGCAAGAGCCGCAACACGACGUAUACGUUGGUGCCCGCACCGGACGCGUGUGCUGUCGUUGUCCAAGACGACGGCUGCCUGGCGCUUUCGGCGUCGGUGGCUGGCUGGUACCAGGUGAUGCUCAAGCCUUUUGGUGCUUCUUACAAGGUGCGCAUCAUGGAGAAACAACUGCUGCCGCCGUCCGAGACACACACGCGGUACCUUGUGCAUGGCAACGACACGAUCAUCGGGACAGCGAUCCCGAAUCGACCCAUGAUCAUUGCGUCCGUCGCGUCGACGCCGGAUGCGAUCCGAGUGCAGCUGAGCAAUGCGACGCCGGCGACGCGUGUCCACAUUGUGUGCAAGCGGUUUCUGGACCACGAUGGCUUUGGAAGUGACAGCUACCUUGACAUUACGUCGCGCGCGAGCUCCAGUGUCGAGCACACGUCGUCGUACCCGUCGUCGACGUACUUUGCCAGCAAGCGCAUUAGCGACGAGUACGCGUACGUUCUUAGCCGCCGGGCGUACGUGAGCGCACACCCAAACUCGGCGCUCUUGCAAGGCUCGGCCCUGCCGCACCCGUCGCUGCUGCUCCACCCGUACGCUGUCGAGGAGACGUCGAGCGGCAACCUCGCCGAGACGAGUCAAGGCGAAGGGUACGCCGCUCAAACGCGCUGCGCCAAGUCGGCCAUGCGUCGUGCGAUGCCAGGUUGCUUGACCGGUUUAUCUUUUGGGGGAUCGCGGCGCGCCAACACGUCGUUCCUCGCAGACGGUUCCGUAACCUUUGUCAACGUCCCCGUGAACGACGCGGGUACUGCUGUCGUAGCACUCGAUGCCCAAGCGCUGUCUGGGGUGUACGAGGUUGCGGUUAUCGCGAUUGACGGCGAGGUCACGGCGUCGCGCCAUACGAAUCUGGACGUCGGCCCGCGUACAGAGCCGCGCUGGAAGAUGCCGCUGCGUGACACGCGUCUCUCGAGCGCCGAGGCGCUCGGGACGGAGCCAGGAGCUCACUACCUGCAGUACCGUGGCCACAAGUGCCUCUCACCCGGCGAAAGCCUGCGUCUGGCGCGCACGUCGGCGACAAAAGUCGAGGUCUACGACUCGAUCGAGCACGCAUUCAGUCUCUUUGACGCCCUCACGUCGCGCAGUGUGCUCUUGAACGCCUUUCUCAAGGCGUGGGGCAGCUACGAUACGACCAAGAAGGCAGCGCUCUACAGCGUGAAUACGUCGGACGAGCUCAACGUCUUCUUGUACAAGAAGGACCGGGCCUUCUUCCUCGCUGUUGUCGCACCGCACCUCGAGGCCAAACUCGUCAAGUCGUUUGUCGACCAUUACGUUCUCGGACACGCCAAGGUGCUGGCGGCGAUCGCGGCGUCGCACGUGCAACUGGAGCGCCUGACGUUGAUCGAGUUGCUGCUCCUGGCCGAGGCGCUGCCGACGGCUGACGGCAUCUGCGACCAUGUCGAGCGGCUCAUUGAGAGCUACUACGACGACGCGACGACGCUCAAGCUUCCGGCACUCUUUGAGCACGUUCUUGUCGCCAAGAACGACGACGACGCUGUUUUGGUCGACGCUGACGAUUCGCACGUCACGUUUGAAGACGAGGUCUUGCCUGGUAUUGCUUACGAUAGCUGUGCGGUACCGCAGUAUUCGCCAACAUCGCCCGCGUACUCCCCCACGUCACCGGCCUACGCGCCCACAUCGGCGUCGUUUUCGUUUGGUGCCACUCCCGCACAACCCGCGAGUCGCUUUGGCUUUGCACCCUCGGGGGGCAAUCCGUUUGGCGCCCCGGCCUCGUCAUCUUUCGACACACCAGCGUCGAGCGCCGCGUUGUUCGGUGCGUUCGGUGCAUCGUCGUUCAGCGCUGCGCUGCCGCCACCCGCCACCACGUUCCAAGAGAGCCAAAGCGACUCGGACGAGUACGACUUGUGCGACGACGCCUCGGACGACGACGACUGCGACGACAGCGAUGACAGCGACGACAACAAGGACGCCGCCGAAACGACCAAUGUGGCCGCGCGCAAGAUCUACAAGGCGCCUGGUAGCACGAAGAAGCACAUUGAGACGCGGUACCACGACGGCACAGAGGCUCGCCAGCUUCGGGGCGGCGGUCUUUUGCCGCCGAGCGUUGCGCUGGCGCAUGGUCAAUGGAAGCAGAGCGCGAUGAACAAGUAUUGGCUCGAUUAUGCGCGCCACCUUCGAUCGUCCAAGGCGACACCGUUUGUCUCGGCCUACUUUCCAGAGGCGCACAGCUGCUUUGCCGAAAUCAUGCUGGCCAUGGCGGUGCUGGACCUUCCGCUCAAUUCCGUGUCGUCCAGUGCGCAGGUGCUGACCGACGACGCGAGCAUUCGUGUGACGGCGGCCGGCGCACAUCCGAUCAUCGUCUUCUAUGAGGACUUGGAGAAGCAAGUCGGCGUCGUCGUGUCGGACGCAAUUGCCGCGCAGGCCGCCAACCUCAUUGUGACGCAGACAGUGUUCAACCCCGUCGACUCGAACGUCUCGAAUGGCUUGCUCAAGCCCGUGGCCGAGUUUGUGACACAGACCAUGUACGGCUGCCAAGUGACGGUGAGCAACCUGAGCCCGCUCCCGCUGCGGGACGUGCAGCUUUUGCUGCAGAUCCCACAGGGCGCGAUUCCGCUGCACAGCGACGGCUUCUUCACACGCAGCACGACGUUUGAUCUUGGCGGCAACGAGAACGAGAUUGUCGUCUACUACUUCUACUUUGCGGCGCCCGGGAGCUUCUCGCACUACCCCGCGCACGUUGCGAUCCAAGACACGACCGUGCGCUUUGCCUCGGUAGACGCCUCGCAGCUUGUCGUGACGUCCGAGCGUAAGGCCAUCGACACGACGUCGUGGCACGACGUUUCGGCUCGUGGGUCGACGGACGACGUCGUUGCCUUCUUGCGGCAGCACAAGAAGCUCGAGACUCUCGACCUCGAUCGCAUCACGUGGCGCCUCCAGGACCGCGCUUGCUACGACGCAGUGACGCGCCUCCUCCGCGCGCGCUUCGUCUACAGUCCGGCGGUCUUUCAAUACGCAGCGUACCACAAGGACAAGGCCGGUAUUGUCGACGUGUUGCAGCGCGCUGUACCCUUUCUGCACGCGACCGGUCCCGGCGUUCCGAGCUGCAUUGGCUCUCUCGACGUGCUUGACGGUCCGCUGAGUCUGCAAGCGUGUCUUGAACUGGCCGAGUUUUCGCCCUACAUUGUGCGUCGCGUGCACUCGAUGGCGUCGGCCAAGAAGCAAAAGACGCCCCUCAACAAGGAGCUCCAAGCGCACUACGAGCGGGUGUGCGCCAAGCUCGCGCUCCUUCCGGCGCUCGGUGACGCCGACUACCUCGUGCUCUCGUACUUUAUGAUCGUCUUCAACCGCGUCGAUACGGCGCUCACGUGCUUUGGCAAGAUUGCGCCGAACGCGGUGCCGGCGCUCCAGUACGACUACAUGAACGCAUACUUGGACUUUUUCCGGUCGAGUGACGAGGCUUCGUACCCACAAGCGCGUGCGGCCAGCGAAAAGUACGCGUCGUACCCGCAUCGCCGGUGGCGCGACCUCUUUGCCAAUGUGCGGGCGCAGCUGGCGACGCUCGAUGCGUUGGUGCACCGGGGUAUGGUCGCCGACGCAGCCGCCAUUGACGACGUCGGCGUCACCAUGACGGUGCACCGCGACCACGUCGAGCUGGUGCAAAAGGGCCACCGCGUCAAGCACGGCCGGUUGCUCUUUUACCCCGUCGACGUCGAAGUCAUGUUUUCGACCGAACCGUUUGGCUCCAAGACCGCGCAGGCGUCGACGAUCGCGCUCGUGCAGCCGCGGUCGACGGUGUCCGUCGAGCUAUCGAUCAAUACGACGACGGUUGCGAUUCCGGACGCGCUCCAGAGUCUCCAGAUGAUGGUGACGUUUGCGCCGGCGGGGCACCCCGAGUGGGACGUGACGCGGCCGCACUACUGCGACUCGAUGGACUUGGACUUUGACGUGGACGGUGGCAAGCUUCAAGUGUUUGCGAGCCACCGGCCGCUGCCUCGUGCGUACGUCAAGGUGUUUGUCCAGACCAAGAGCGGCGGCUCGAAAGGCCGCUUCUACAAGGACGGGUACACGGACAUUUGCGGCUGCUUCGACUACAUGGGCAUCAACGACACCAAGCACCUCCUCCAGCUCAAGGCGCUGUCGCUGCUCGUUCUGCACCCGACGCACGGCGCUGUGGUGCGCCAGCUCCAGCCACCCGAGUCCAUCUCGACCGCCGCCGACGCCAAGAAGCACUAGCUUUCCACACUCGCUGUUGUAUUUGCUGAUAACUUUUGACACAAGUUGCAUUUCGAUAUCUUUUGACCUGGGA